AUGAAUGACUCGCUAAGUUCUAACCGGAAACGAAGCGCCAGUCCCGGUCGUGAAUCUGAGCGACAGCAACGUCCACGCCAAGAUGGAGGAGCUGACAAGACGGCCGUGGCCCAGGAGUGUCACUGCACACCUAAGACGUGGUGGCAGGGAUGGACACGCGAUGAUGUCCAGACAUUUGUUUGCUGUUACCAGAAGGAAAUGCAGGGGGUGAAAGAGGCCAACCCCGGGUUGGACAGAGAUGCUCUCUUCAAUCUUCAAAAUCAGGAAUUAAUGCGACUGGUCAAACGCGACGUGGUUGGCCAUUACAAGAAGCUCAUGAUGUCCAAGGUGAAGAAGCAGAAGCCCAAGGAGGAGAAGGUGAGGAAAAAAUCCGAAGCGCCACACCCAACGACGACAGGACAGCAAAUGACGAAGACACAGCAAGCGGCAAGGCAACUGACACCCAGUGGAAUGGAGACUCAGUUGCCAUUGAGUCCUGAAAGCAGCAGCAACUGCAGCUACAAAGAGACGGACUGUUCUGACAGUCCUGAUUCUCCAGUCACUCUCACAGAUGAACAGCAGGCGAUUUUCGACAAGGUCAAGGAGGGCCAAAGUCUCAUGUUUACUGGCCCGGCUGGCACCGGCAAGUCUAUGCUCAUUAAAGAAAUUAAGAAAUGGUGCAGCAGAAACAAGAUCAACUGUGCACUCACUGCGCCCACUGGUCUGGCGGCCAUGAACAUCAAUGGGCAAACAAUCUACAGAUGGGCUGGUCUAGGCCUGAUGAAGAACAAUCUACUCGAUUCCCUACAGAAUCUCACAAAAAACAGAAUGGCCAUCUACAACUGGUACGAAACGGAUCUACUCAUCAUUGACGAAGCAAGUCAGAUAUCUGCAUCUACGUUCGACAAGAUUGACACAAUUGCUCGUCAUAUUAGAGCGGACCGUAGUAAAUUUGCAGAAGGAGGUUCUUGGGCAAAGAACUUUGCCCCUCAAGGGUACAAAGAGAACAAUGCUCCGUGCGGAAAAGACCUGAUGGAUGUUCCAUUUGGAGGCAUGCAGGUCGUCUGUGUUGGCGAUUUCUUUCAGAUAGCACCCAUCUGUGAUCGCGUAAAGCAACCCGAGGGCAAUUCAUCAAAGCAGGUGGCUGACACUAACAAGAACAAGAACAAGAAACGAGUCAAGGGACCUGACUAUAUUUUCAAGUCGGCAGCUUUCCAGGAGCUCUUUGAGUACAAUAAGUUCUGUCUCACAGUUUCCAAGCGUCAAGAACAGGGAUCCGAGUUCUCCAACAUGCUUGAAGCGCUCAGAAAGUACUCUGGUGAUAGAGCAGAUGGCGCAAUCAUAAAAAAGUACUUUGAUCAGUUUGUGGGCUCCCACGACGGAAAGGAGGCUGUCUAUUUAACUGGAACAAACAAGAAAGUUUCAGCGAUCAACGCCGACAACUUGGAUCGCUUGGCUGGCCCCGAGGUGGCGUUUAUUGCCUAUGAUUAUCGGAAUAAGAAAUAUGGUAAAUCCGAAAUCGACGCCCUUUUCAAGAAAAAAAUCCGUGCGGAGGACGUCAUUAUGCUGAAGCCGGGUGCACAGAUUAUUUUUCUGAAGAAUAAUCCACAUCUGGGACUUGUGAACGGUCAUCUUGGCCGGGUGGCAUUUUUAAUGGCCAUGUCCCUUUACCAAAAGUAUCACUACGAUUUCGACGUCCUUUAUCCUCUCUACAAUUACUUUAGAGGAACUAACAUUGACAUUAAAACUUUGGACAAUGAACCUCCUAAGGAUAUCGAGAAGGUCAUUGGCAUUACAUUCCAACAUCCAUGGUGUUACUACCGAGACGCCCUGGUAGCGAUUGAUGGUUCUUAUAAAACAGAGGCUCAUGCCCAAAAGCAGAACUACGACGGAAUGACAAUAAUUCCUGCCAAUCCUAGUCUCAACACCUGCUUAGAGGUUGUUAUCAAAGUGGGAGACAAUCAAGGACCGCAGAGCAACAAAUUCUUCCUAGUGAGUACGAAUGAGUUUGAGGAACUCGACUACAGUAAGCCCAACUCAAGCAAGCGCAAGUUCGAGAUUGCGGCAGAACGGAAAUACCCCGUGAUAUGUCGACGUACACAGCUGCCAUUGUCCUUGUCAUGGGCACUGACUAUUCACAAAGCCCAAGGUCAGACGCUCCGACGGACGAUGGUGGACAUGGAGAGCAUCGAUAGUGGACAGACUUAUGUUGCUCUCUCCCGGGUUAGGGCUCCAGAAGACUUGCGGUUGGUUUCUUUCAAGCUGCCCCUCAAGCUCACCGAUGUUUCAGUACAUGAAUUCGAUAAGACCCUCAAGAAUGUCUUGGAGUGA